AUGACACUUGCUCUCAAAUUUCUUACUCUCUCCUCACUUUGUUUUCCUCCAUCCACAACUUCACUCUUCCUUCUACGGUCUAAUUAUUCACAAUCUUUAAAGCUCUAUAACAAACCUUCCUCAAUCUACACCAUCAAUUCCAAGUUCUUUCGUCUCUUUUAUCGUUUCUCCGUUGAUGAUGAAAAUAAUGAUGAAAACUCAAACUCUAGCUUCGAUGAAGCAGUUGCACUUUUCAACAAGAGGGCUUACUAUGAAUGUCAUGAUUCUCUUGAAGCUCUAUGGUACAGCGCCGAAGAACCAACUAGAACUCUCAUUCAUGGUAUUCUUCAAUGCGCUGUGGGAUUUUAUCACCUAUUUAACCAGAACCAUAAAGAAGCAAUGAUGGAGUUGGGAGAAGGACUUGGUAAGCUCCGUAAAAUGAAUUUUUCGAGUGGACCAUUUCAUGAGUUUGAGCGGGAGAUUUCUGCAACUUUGGAUUUUAUUUAUCAAACUCAAAUUGAAUUGGCUGCCUGCAUUGAUGAUCUAUGUCUUGCAAUGGAUCAAUCAGAAAGAUCAUAUCAACUUCUUUGGGACUAUGGUGCUGGGCAACAUUUGUAUAAUCUUGAGAGUGAUCACAAUGAAAUUAUGUAUAUAGUCUUCCACCCUCAAAGAUCUUAUGCCUCUCACAACUCUUUAAAGGCAAGUUAGCCAACGCUAUGAUAGGGAAGAAUUUCAGUAUGCAUAAGGCAAAACAGAAUCAGAAGAGUUCAGAAAUAUUAGUCAUUUUUGGAAUGUCUUGAAGGACUACUUCAUGCAAGAGGCUCUUGUAAAAGC